CAUGCUGCCGAAAGAUAGUGUUACAGUGUUCUGAUUAGCUUUUCGAUGAGGCGACCGAAGUUGCGUGUCUAAGCGGAUCGUCUGUUACCUGUGAUUUUGACCGUUGCCUUGUGAACCAUACCGAGACCUGCACUUUUCAUCACAAACCUUAACCAACGCUCUCACUUCUACGAAAAAGAGUCUGAAAUAAAGGCAGAAAUCCCUUCCAAACUAUAAAGAUGCCUGUUGACUGGAAGAGUUCUGAAAACAACGAGCGUCUGCUCGCUUGCUUAUUCGCUUCUCUGGAAGAAAGCGGCACAAAGAUCAACUACAAGCGCAUCGCGCAGUUGUUCGGUCGAGGGACAACAGGGAAUGCUAUCGACUGCAACUUUCGCAAGAUCCGCGCCGCCGCUAAAGAGAUUAAGAAAGAAUUUGAGUCUGGAGUCACCCAGCCUGCUCCUCCAACGACUCCCCGCAAACCAAAGACCCCCAAGAAAGAGCCUUUAUCUACUAUUAAAAGUGGGCGUGUCGAGAAGCCUUCCACUCCUUCAAAGAAGAAUAAGACUGCGGUCGGGAAUGAGGAGAUGCUUACUCCGCCUGAAGAUGGAGGUUUCGGCAUGAUGGAUGAGUUUCCAGAAGUCUAUGGUGAUACCACUCACGGCCUAUCAGCUAUUCAUUAUGAAGACGAAGUGUAAGGUGUUCGUUGUGACCGAUGACUUUGACAGUCCAACGUUGUCCAGAAGCAUAUUCACAACGACCACAGGGUAGCGUGAAUUUUUUCUCUCUCUUUUUGGUAGGGCCUCAAUCAGGCGCAUAUGUACGCGCGGCCAGUAGAAAUCUCUAAAAAACAUUAGCGAGGACUUGCCCAGGUGUUAUUGCCCGUGGGAGACGUAGUGAAACGACAAAUCAUAGGAAGUAGGUCGCCGUAAUCAGCCCAACGACCAGAUCGACAGGC